UGCUGCCGCGGUGGACGCGAUGGAAGCUGUGCACGGCGUCGAGUCCCUCGCCGGCGGAGACGGCCGGCAUCAUGUUUCCCGUACCCUCGGGACGGCGCUGCUGAUAUCGGUGGGGUACAUCGACCUCGGCAAGUGGGUGGCGGCGAUCGACGCCGGGGCUCGCUUCGGGUACGACCUCGUGCUGCUGGUGCUCUUCUUCAACUUCUCGGCGGUCCUCAACCAGUAUCUCGCCACUUGCAUCGGCAUGGUCACCGGCAAGAAUCUUGCAGAGAUUUCUGCCCAGGAGUACAGCCAGUUCAUAUGUGUUGGCCUCGGCCUCCAAGCUGGGAUGUCUUUGUUUACAUCAGAACUAACCAUGAUUUUAGGCAUAGCAGUUGGAUACAAUCUUGUGUUUGAUCAAGAUGAUUUUAUCACAGCCAUUAUUUUUGCAUGCCUUCUAAUUAAUGUGCUGCCAUAUAUGUUAUCCCCUAGGGACAAGAGGAUGGCUGGAACGUUAAAUGCAUGCAUAGCUGGCUUUACGAUUCUUUGUUUUGUGCUUGGUUUAUUAAUCAGUCAACCUGAGAUUCCUCUUCAUGUGAAUGUGAUGUUCCCUAAGUUCAGUGGUGAAAGUGCUUACUCACUGAUGGCACUUAUGGGUGCAAAUAUAAUGUCACACAACUUUUAUGUUCAUUCGUCCAUUGUUCAGGUUCAGAGGUCUCAUGUUCAUACCCUGGGUGGCCUGUUUCAUGACCACCUUUUUUCAAUAGUAUUUACUUUUACUGGGGUUUUUCUUGUGAACUAUAUUCUGUUGAGCUCAGCAGCAGCGGAAGCUACUCACAAUGUGAUCCACACCUUUCACGAUGCUGUCGAGCUAAUGAACGAGAUAUUUACGAGUUCCAUGGCACCACUUGUGUUGUUAGCGGUCCUUCUCUUUUCGAGCCACAUCAUCGCUUUGACAUCUGUUAUCGCUAGCCAUGUAGUCACAGAGCAUUUCUUUGGCGUGAACCUGUCUCUGCUUGCGCAUCAUGUGCUACUUAAGCUUCUUUCCAUGAUUCCUGCAAUCUAUUCUGCAAAGGUAGCAGGCUCUGAAGGGGUAUAUCAGUUGAUCAUUCUGUGUCCAGUAAUCCAGGCGUUUACCCUGCCUUCAGCUGUUAUUCCUGUUUUCCGCAUCGCCUCAUCAAGUUGGAUAAUGGGCAACUACAGGGUAUCUCUACGUGUCGAAAUAUUAGCCUUCCUUGCAUUUUGUCUUACGUUGUUUAUAAAUAUCAUCUUCGCGGCGGAGAUCCUGUUUGGCGACAGCGCCUGGACAAACAGCCUGAAAGGGAACACUGAAACCCCUAUACUAAUUCCACAUACUGUACUAAUCCUAAUGUCUUGUGCAUCUAUUGCUUUUGCACUCUUCCUGGCUGCUACCCCACUGAAGUCAUCAAGUAGGGAAGCUGAAACUCAGGAGUUGUGUGUGCACUCUCAAAGAGAAGCUCCAGAAGAAAUUCAAAGGUCCUGAGACCCUUGAAGUCUGCCAAAGGUCUCUACUGCCACCGCAGUAAAACAAAGUCAGCUAGCAGGAAAUAUCCAAAUGAAGAGGGCGGCUGAGAGAAAUGUUGAAGUAGAAGCAGAUGUUUGCACAGACAAGGAUAAUCGGACUUGACAUAAUUGUCGAAUUCAACAAGUCCAUGCAAGCAGAAAUUCAAACAAAGCAAAUUUGGGCAGAGCUCCUGGAAAUCUCAAAGUUCACAUGACGUGGACACAGUGACCAGGUUCCAUAGCUCUAUGCAGUCAAUUAUAAACACCAAUUUGGUCCCAGCAUCAUUUGGAUAAAUGUAUGGUGUGCCAAGUGCUGAGCUGAAUGGGGUAUGGUGAACCCUGAGCAGUGAAAAGGUAUCCUGGCAUAGGUUGCUCAUCCAUGUAGAGAAGAUCCUUUAACGUCUUGGCAUUGAAAUUUAAGUUCAAGAUUCCAGUGAAUGAUGCAUGCUCGAGGCCG